AUGAAGGUGUUAAGCUCCAAGAAGGGUGCUUGUGGGGGCGGAGCGCUAGCAGCAACAGCCUUUAUUAACAUGUCACUCCGAGAGAGAGAGGGCGCUAUAAACAUGUCAGAUGUAGGAGGGGGACUGCAAAAACGGGUCAUUAGCUCGAGAUGGCGGGUGGAAAUGAGUCAAUCGGGCGGGCAGGUGGCGACGGGCGGCGUAAUUAGAGCGGCCUGUUAUGUGAUUAAAAACGCAUUAGCGCUUCGCGUACCGAGAGCGCCGCUCGCGCUGGCCACGCGAGAAGGCGUGCUAGGAGACAAACAAGCCGUGGCU